UAAAUGUACAUGUUCAAGUCAAAAUAAAAUAGAAAACUAAAAAAAUAAAACAAAAUCUCAGCUUUAUACAAGAGGUCAUAGGAAUAGAGGUCACUGAAUUGAAUUAAUAAUAAAUACUAAACGCAUCUGCAAAAAAAAAAAAAAAAAAAAAAAAAAGUCUGCAAAACUCCGCGUGUCCACGACUUUUGUAGUCCGGAAGUGUUUGUGGUUUGGUUUGGCGUAAUCCAGCGUCAUCACCAUACAUCAGAAGGCACAUCCAGCCAGGCAAACCCAAAGCAGCAGCAGCAGCAGGAGCAGGCAGCCUUCAGCCUCCAGCAGGAGCAGGAGCACGGGCAGCUGGAGAGAGCACCGAGCACCCGAGCCAGGGCGCGCUGAUCACGGACACAAUGUGCACUUUACCGCUCUGACCGUGCACACCACCACCACCAGACACCGUGGCCCUGGCUCACACUCAACCCCGCUUCCAGGAGCCGCCCGCCGGGGAUAAUGGGAAGCAAAUGUGCGGAUGCUGCUGGGCGCACACCGGGGAGAGAUGUGCUAUGAACGUGACUUCGUGGGGAACACAUCGGGCACGGCGCGGCUAGCUCCUGGAAGCUAGCUCACCCCCCGGCCGAACUGGAACCCCCUUUCCAACCCCGAGAAGAUGCGUGAAUGAUGUCCAAAGGAUAACAUCAAGACCUCCGCCUUCCCUUUACCCAACACCUCCUUCCAUUUUGUUUUGGCUCUAGUCUUGACCCCUUCCGCCACUUCUCAAUGGGAGCCCGGGCAGCACCGCACAGCCGACGCGAUUUGUGCUCAAAAGACAAGACGGCAAUGAUAUUCUAGAUGUUUUUCUAUUAAUAGCUACGUCAUUGGAUCCUCUGCCCAUGCGAGACCGUGCUCACUCCCAUUCUACUUCCACCGCUGUCCCCCCUCUCCGAACUCCGAUGCUCUUCCCCCAGUUUUAAAGGGCCAUGGUUCGGAAGAAAGGCUCCUUUAUACUAUGCGGUGCUUUCUUGUUUGUUGCCUGGAAUGCCUUGCUCCUCCUCUACCUGUGGGGGCGCCCUCCCGUCGGCCGGGUGGGCGAGGGGGGCGGGGCCGAGCCGGUGGGCAAGGAGGAGUGGGGGGCGGGGCAAGGUAAGGCUGCCGUUGGUGGAGGCGGCGGCGGCGGUAACCUGGCCGGCGAGGUGAUGCGAUUGGCCGAAGAGGUGGAGGUGCAGCUGGAGAAGCAGAAGGAGCUACUGAGGCAGAUCGAAAACAACAGAGCGCAGUGGGCACGACAGAAGGAACUGGGGAAGAGGGAGACGGAGAAUCCCAAAACGCCGAUGGAAGUAGUCGUUGAAAGAACGUUGGCGAUAGAACGGACUAAACCGCAAAACAAGGAGGAGAAACCGACGCAAAAGUUAGUCACCACAACCACUCCGGAAGUCAAAUUGAAGCCAACGAAACCAGCGGAAAGCAAACCCGAGGAGAACACGCCAGCAGCGACCACGGCGAGCCCAGAAGUGGUCAUCCCGAUUCUAGUCAUCGCUUGCGAUAGGGUCACGGUGAAACGCAGCCUGGACAGACUCAUCCAGUACAGGCCGUCGGCGCGUCUGCACCCCAUCGUCGUGAGCCAGGACUGCGGGCACGCCGACACCGCCAGGGUCAUCGGCUCCUACGGCGACCAGCUCACCCACAUCACGCAGCCCGACCUGGCGGACAUCAGGGUGAGGCCAGAGCACAGGAAGUUCCAGGGCUACUACAAGAUCGCCAGGCACUACCGCUGGGCCCUCAACCAGAUCUUCAACAGCUUUGGCUACUCCAGUGUGGUGAUCGUGGAGGACGACCUGGAGGUGGCGCCAGACUUCUUCGAGUACUUCCGCGCGCUCUACCCCAUCCUGCGCGACGACGCCUCCCUGUGGUGCGUGUCGGCGUGGAACGAUAACGGACGGGACGCGCUGGUGGACCCCUCCAAAGCCCACCUGCUCCACCGCACAGACUUCUUCCCCGGCCUGGGCUGGAUGCUGCUCCGGGACCUGUGGGCGGAGCUCGAGCCCAAAUGGCCCACCGCGUUCUGGGACGACUGGAUGAGGCAGCCCGAGCAGCGCCGAGACAGAUCCUGCGUCCGGCCCGAAAUCUCCAGAACCAUAACGUUUGGAAGAAAGGGCGUUAGCUUAGGUCAGUUCUUCGACCAGUAUUUACGCUACAUCAAGCUAAACACUGAAUUCGUGCCUUUUACCAAGCAGGAUUUAUCGUAUUUACUGAAGAACAAAUAUGACGAGAAGUUUAUUAUAGAGGUCUACAGCGCCCCCUUGGUGAGGAUCGAGGAGCUGCAGGGGGGCAAGCUGAAGGAACCUGGUCCGUACAGGGUGCAGUACUCGAGCCGGGAUAGUUUUAAAGUUUUCGCGCGAAAUUUGGGAGCCAUGGACGAUUUGAAGUCGGGAGUGCCACGGACAGGAUACAGGGGCGUGGUGGGCUUCCUGUACAGGGGGAGGAGGGUGUACCUGGCGCCCCCCGAAGGAUGGACGCAGUACGACACGAGCUGGAGCUGAGUGGAGGCUAGUCUUCGAAACGGGAGCGGUGAAGACCAAAGACGAAGAGCAGAUGCUGACAGGCAAGAGGAGGGGAGAGCUCAAAGUGUUUAAAAGUUUUUGAGUCCAACGAAAAUGUUCAUGAUAAUAAAAAUGUGAAUAAUGAUAUAAUGAAUAAUGAUCAUGCAAAAAUGUGAAGAAAUUAAAACAUAAUGAAUGGGAUACAUUUGGUUUAGAAGCCAAAAUGCUGAAAUUUCCUCGUCACACAGAGACCUGGAGUUUUUGUGUCAUUCACACAUUUUACGUUUAACACACAAACCCUGCAGAUUUAGGUUGAGUUCUUCUCUCAAACUAAAAACACUCUGUUCCACCUUGUGAUGUCAUGUGGUAAUACAGGAGGUGCUCUGUCAAAUUUUUAAACUCCGUACACCUUCACUAGAUUCAUUUGGAUAAUUUCAACCCUGGAAUUGCUAAUAUCGACUUAACUAAAGUUAAAAGUUAAAGCCGUUUUAUAGUUCUGUGUCGACUCAACGCACACUGCUGCCGUCGUUUUUGAUUUAUGGUUCUGCGUCAAGGUCUGUGUGCUGCGAAGUAAUCGUCACAAUGCUAGGAGACUAGGAUUUAAAAAUGGUGUUCGUGUUUACAAAAUGAAGCGGGAAAGCGGAGUACCAGAAAUGUAGUGAGGACCAACAGGGUUCCCACAGUCAUGGAAAUCCUGGAAAAGUAAUAGGUAGAUGGGUAGAUAGAAUGAAAAUGUAAUUUUCCAGGCCGAGGAAAGUCAUGGAAUUUUAGUAUUUCUUUCACGUAACUCCAGCGUUCUGUUAAGUUCUCAUUAGGCUAUUCUGAUUAUUUCUGAACAUCUGCGGCUUUUGUUUAAAAGAGACGACAAUAAAUGCACUGACAGGAUUCUGAAUGUUAAAAACUAUAAUCCCAAACCAUAAGGUGAGUGGAAAGAGUUAACAUUUCAUCUUUUAGCGCUAAAACUCUGAUCAAUUCUACACAUGUAGGUGCCGUAAAGUCAUGAAAAAUUCACUUUAGGUCAUGAAAAAUCAUGGAAAAGUUUAGAAAUUUUGUCAGUGAAAAAGAGUGGGAGCCCUGGACCAAUCACAGCUCUUAUUGUCUGCGUCGCUUUCCCUUAUUGUUUGCAUCAGUUCUACACAUAGUUAAAACAUUUCUGAGGUGCAUGUGGGUCGACGUAGAUGCUCAAGACCAUUUGACCCACGACCAUAAAUUGGGCUUUAAAUGGUUCAUCACCACAAGGUGGAACAGAGCGUUUUGAGCUUUGGAGAUGUAAACAGACUAAUAAUACAGGAUUACUCCAACAUGUGUGAAUGAAACAAAACACAACUCCAGGUCUGUUUUUGAUGAGGACACAACAUUUUAAUAGAUCAGAAAACAGUUGGGAUGCAACAAUAUUCAAUGUAAUAUUGAAUCCUUCGAUACUUAUCUCACGAUUCGAUACACAUGUUCCCUCGAUGUGCCAUUUGUUUUCAUUUAUUUUGGUCCAAAAGGGGAAUGUGGGAUCCUCUAAACCGCUCCAUAGGGACUUCCAGCUACACAGCUUUAGAAUCGCUUUUGUCUUUACAUCGGCUUUAAUCAAAUGUGCUCAUGUACGCACUCGCAAUGUGACUCACGAUAUACACAGUCUUUUUCUCAGAUUCUAUCUCAUUAGUUUUACUCAGCAAACAGUCUGUUGAGACAUUUCUAUGUAAUAUACCACAGUUUUCAGAGUGUUCAGAAAGUAUUGUGUAUCAUGUAUGUAUUAUUUCAUUAACGUCAUAGGCCCCGUCCACACUAGUCCAUAUUCGAGUCGUUUUCGUUGUGGAUGCAGUGUUCCUUCACACUAAUCCGAAUGAAAACAGCUCCAGAGAUGAAACGAUCUGGUACUGCCACCUCCCACAAAUUCAUCUUACAGAUCUGAUCCGGCACUGCGUGGACGCCUGAAAACGUUAAUACUCUGAUGUAGGUUUAUGCGUCACAGCCAACACGCUAAGAGGCAAGAAUAUAUGUCCAUUCAUAUAAACGUGUGUCUGUGUGUACGACCUGCAGACGUAUAAUCUCUGAAAAGUUUCACGUGAACCAUCUACAACACGACAGAAGCACAGGACAGACUCACCAUCAGCAGAACACCCCUCUGUCACAGAAAAAAACAUUCAUAUUCCACUGAGUCGUGUGCUUUUGUCCGACAGAAGCUGAACCGCAUCAGCGCACAAUAUCGAGCUGUUUUUGAGCGCGCAGUUUAUGCAAAUGAGGGUUUUAAGUUUAGUUUCUGUAAAACGUAAACAAAUAUGCUCAAAGCUGUGUGGACAGGGAAGGAUUGCGGACACAGAAACGACGUGUCUGGAUGCAGAUCGUGUCCGAUACGGUCAUACACGGAUUCAUUUCAGUGUAAACGUAGCCUUAGUGUUUCUAUAUUAUACACAUUUUUUUGCGUCUGAAAGCGUAUCGAAAUCAAAUCAAAAUUGUGACGUGUGUAUUGAGAUACGUAUCGAAUCGUGGGAAAACUGUAUCAUUGCAUCCCUAGAAAACAGAGUAAUAUAGUCUCUCUUUUUAAUCCCUUCUCGAGUCGUGUCCCCUCCUCUGACCUGUCUGAGAUUCUGGGAUGAGCUGAUGAGAGAAAAACCUGCAGAGUGCUGGACUUGUGGAUCUGGGUGCUUCUUCAGGACUAGAUUUAAACAGGGACUUAACCAGUGUUUUUAAAAAAAAGAGUUCCACUUUCACACACAAGAUACUGGCACCGUGCCUUGGUCCUGGGCCCAUCUGCUUACAGUGUUUCAUGAGUGUUAAAGGGAUAGUGCGGAACAUUUUGAUUGGGGAGUGUGAGCUGAAAAGUCACUGUUAAAAGUAACGAUCCAGAUAUUUGCAAUUUAGGGAAACAGCAGGAGCAACGAGGUUCAAGUUUGGGUUCUUGUAGUAAAUAGAGCUGGUACAAGAUCACAGUGGUGGAAGAAGUACUUGAUUUUGUUACUUAAGUAAAAGUACAGAUACCAGAGCAAAAAAUACUAAAGUAAAAGUAAAAAGUAUCAUAUGAAAAAUUCUACCUAAGUAAAAGUAUUAUAAGCACCUGUUUAAAAAAUGUACUUAAAGAGCAAAAAGUUAAAGUAUUUCAUGCAGAUUUUGAGGUCUUUAUAAAGCUUCAAGUGUACUAAUUUCAGAAACAAUUUAAUCGAUUUUUUUCCCCCAGGUGUUUUGCUUUGUAUAUUUUAGUUUUUUGCUCAAAUUUUGUGUUAAAAUAAACCUUCCCAAAAACGUAAAAAAAUACUUUUACUUUUCAAUCCUGUUCAAAAAUGUAGUGGAGUAGAAAGUACAGAUACCCGCUCUCAAAUGUAGUGAAGUAAAAGUAAAAAGUAUCCACUGUAAAAAGUUGAAUUUUUAGGUAUCUGUACUUUACUUGAGUACAAUAUUUUACUACAUGUACUUCAAUACAUUCCAUUAUGUGUUAAAAAUAAACUUUCAGCCUUUUCAACAGGUCCCAGUAAUAAGAAAUACUUUUACUUUUUAUUUCUGUUCAAAAAAUGUAGUGGAGUUCUGGGAGAUAAUUAGUUUCAUCAGAUUUUUUGUAUUAUUUUUUUUUAAAUGCUCUUGAAUUUCUCACUUUGAAUUUUUUAAUGUGUUUGAAUUAUUUUUAUUCUAAAUAGCAGCUGGUGAAAUUUUAAGUGUACAUGUUUAAAAUCCAAUAAAUAAAUAUUCAGCACAAAUAUUUUCAAGCCCUCAGAUUCAACAAUGAUCCUGAAAAUGUAUAAUUAGAAUUUCAGCCACUAAAAUUCAGAAAAAAAAUUAUUGAAACAUCUUUUUUCAGAGCUGAAGUGAGAAAUUUAGCGGCAUUUAAAAUUCUAAAUCUGACGGAACAAAUUGUCUACAACCUGCUCUCAAAUGUAGUGAAAAGUAAAAGUAAAAACGUAUCCACUAAAAUGUACUUAAGUAGGAUUUUUAGGCAUCUGUACUUUACUUAAGUACAAUAUUUUACUACUUGUACUUCGUUAAAUUCCACCACUGGUCCAAUCAGAUUGAUUUCAGUGACACAAGUGAAAUGAACAACCGUCUUUUUGAAUUUCCUGUGUCAUUUAUAAACAAAAUCACUUUUCUGUCUCCUCAGAUGAUUCUGCAGAAGUCAUCGUGAUUUUCUUUUUUCUUUUUCCCUCGUAUGCAGCCAUAUUUGUGACCAAAUAUUAAGCAAGUGUGUAUUCAAACUGUUGGGAAAUUCCUCAGUUUUUCUUAAAUUUUUCUGCAAAACAACGUGAACGCUCCUGCUUUUCCAUCUGAAGCUGCACUGGUUCAUAGACAGAAAAUGCAAAAUAACUGGACUAUCCCUUUAACAACCCAUUAAAGACGCUGUACCUGAUUUUUACAUGACACAAAAAACAGAACUAGUCAAUUUAAAACAGUUUUCAGUGUUAUCCCUCAUUUACUUUUUGCAUUCAGAGCACCCUAAUGAUUCACCACGAUGAGUUUUUAAUCUCUUUUCACAAAUUUCAAAGACCAGAGUAGAGUUUUUGUGAAGUUAACAACAACUACUACAACAAUUCCUGGUUAAAUGCUUCAUAAUUGGGUGCAGACAAGUUUUAUUUUGACGUCAAGAGCUGCUUAUACGAUAAAUCUGUGCUGAGAAAAGACGAGUUUUGCUCAAAUCCAUGGACAAAAAUCAGGUACAGGGCCUUGUAAGUGUAUUAAACUCCUCACAGACCAUUAAAGUUUGAGAAAAAGGGUUCCUGAAUUCCUUCUGUAAGCUAUUUUUUAUGGAAUUUUGGUCCAACUCCGGGCGUGUGAAGUUUGAAAGACUGGUUCAGAUCACAUGGGGUGUUUCAGAAUAUAUGCAGUGCCAUUAAAUACACAGCAGAAUGUAACAAACAAGCUUCUCUACAUCGUUUUCAUGUGACUCUAAACCAGCCCAGACGUGAUGUAAAUGAAAACAUGAAGGAACACGUGUGCUUUGUGAAGGCUAUUUGUGGUAAAUACAUGAAAAAUAAUACUUCAGAUGAGAAUGCAGUGUGUAACAGAGGACGAUGGAAACAGGUGAGCGCGAUCUGGUGAAAUGAGACAAUGUCGGACAGUGGCUGUGAAGGGUCAAAUGAGUCAAAUGAAUCAAAUAGAAUGCAAGAUCUAAUAAUAUGAUAGAAGAUAAUACCGUAUUUUUCGGAUUAUAAGUCGCAUUUUUUCAUGGUUUGGGGGUUUCCUGUGACUCCGGUGCAACUUAUGUAUCAAAAUUUUCACACUGGGAGGAAACUCUAGGCUUGUAUGUCAGUUUUCAACACAUGUCUCCUGCAGAAAGAGCCUCUGUCCUGCUGCAAGUAGAGAAAUAUGCAGCUGAAAAUGAUAAUCGAGCAGCAGAAAAAAGUUUGGAGUGAGUGAGAAACUUGUGAGGGACUGGCGGAAAUCGGGGAUGAAGAACACAGCUUCACGGCAACUGGGAGGAUGAAACCAUGAAACUUUCCUGAAGUCACUGGAUAGAUGGACAAAGCCCGGACUUCAGUGACACCGAAACCAUCCUGUCGGGAUUCAGAAAGUCCAGAAUAAUUCUAACUGGAAACGAGUCUGACUACAGCUACACAGAAGAGGAAGCGGCGUUCUGUUUAACUCCGGAGGUCGCCGAGUUGCUCAGAAGUGACAUCAACGAUGAAAAAAUCAAUAGAUUUAGUGAUUUGGAGUGAGAUGGAGAGUUAUGUUCUGUUGUUUAUGCUCUAGUUAUCUGAAUAACUUUUAAUAUGUUAUGUUAACAUACCAGACGCCUAUUCAGCCUGUUGUUCACUGUUCUAUUGUUUUUACUAGAACUUGCCUUUCAAGAUGAAAUGUCGGCUCCUGGUUUCUGAUUUUAUAAAAUCAAUUUCCACCAGAAAGUGUGACUUAUAGCCCGGUGCGACUUGUAAUCUGAAAAAUACGGUACAUGCCCCCUUCAUCUAUGAAUGCAAAAUGAGUCCAGUGAUGGUUUAUGGGCUGAAAAACUGCAUAAGAGUUUGGAGUUUUAUCUAUGACGCAACAAUCUGGGCAAAUUCAAACUGAGCAUUUUUGAGUGCUUUAGAUAAAAGGAUUAAUGAAACAAGAGUGAAUGAAACAAAAAAAGUCCAGGUGUGUGUUAGAUGAGGGGACAACAUUAUAACAUGUUUCAAAAGUCUAAAAAAUAUAAAACAAUUUCAUUUAUAAACUACAUUUGCAUUCUGGUUCAUUUGUUGCCCUUCACAACCACUGCAUCUAAAAAUGUGAAUCCAAGUUUCAGUGUGAUUUUUGUUAGUUUUUUAAUAUUACAGUAGAGUUGUAUGUGGCUUAAAGGUGCAUUAUGUAACUUUUCUAUCUUCUUAUCAUGAGAAAAUGUUAUUGCUUUUCACACAAUGUUCCUAUUAUUUGGAUUACACUUUUCUGUUACAGACUGAUAUUUAUGACUGAUAUUUUGACUUUUUUGUAUAUCAGUUCAGAUUUUUUGUUUUGGUUGAUCUACUGCCAAAAACUACACACAAAACUUUUAUAUAAACACUUAAACACAAAGAGAUAGCCGCACAAAACGUGACUACACAGCUCUCUCUCUCUUUUUUAAAAUUUUUUUAUUACAAUUAACCUACAUAAUUUGGCGAAAAUAAUAAAAAUCAAGCCUGUAUAUCGGCAAAGUUUAUCAGCAAUCGGUGUAUUAUUCGUUCAUUCCUUUUUCAAUAUAAAACCAAAAAUAAGAAAAUGUAAAAGCAACAGUUUUCUUCAUUAUUUGUCUCCAAAACCAAAAUGAGAAGAUGGAUAAUGAUAAAUUUUUUUCAGUUUUCGAUUUUGUUUUUAAAUGAAGAAAGGAAAAAACGGAUAACGUCCGUUUCCCGUUUACAUGACUUCUGUGACUGCGAUUCCGGACUUUUGCACCGCAUACGGACUGAACCAGGACUGAUCCAGGUCCGGGACCAGAGCAGACUCCGAGCUUUGACUCCAAACCUCCGCAGGGUCCGAGCCUCAGAUUUGAGUUCCAGCCCUGCCGUGGGCUCUGAGCCUCCGGUCUGGUCCUGGUCUCAGUCCCGGUCUGGUCCUAGUCUCAUACCCGAUCUGAUUCUGGUCUGGUCCCGAACCUGGAUCAGUCCUGGUUCAGUCUGUAUGCGUUGCAAAA